AUGUUAAGAAUACUUAUAGAUAUCUACUACAAAUUGAUUUCAGGAAUCAUAUUGAACUGUUUCCUAACAGCAGUCGCAAUUCUAGCACUAUGGCACAAUUUUGUCACUGUGCAUUUUCGUAGACGUCAUGAUUACAGAGAUACCAGGAGUUCAAGAACUCAUAUCAAGAGACCGACUUCUACAACGAGUGGAGGUGGUUCACGGGCACACAGAAGUGGAUCAAUUUCAUCAUCAUCACCUUUGAACGAUGAAGGAAACCUAGAGGAGGAUCCUGAAAACAACAUCGAAUUUGAUCAUACCAUAACUAGUUUUGAGACAAGACCAGACGAGGCAAGAACGUUUAACGAAUGUAACUAUGAGGGUAAACCAACAAAAGAAUUGGAAGAUAAUCCAUUUCAAGAUAUCCUUGCUGCUGAAGAUUUGAAAUUAGUACCCAAUUUAAAAUACUACUACGCCCAAUAUGGAAUUGCCAUUGAAGAGUUUGAAGUGGAAACUGACGAUGGAUUUAUUCUUGAUUUAUGGCAUUUGAAACAUGACGACGAGAAGAGUCUACAUCCAGUACUGAUGUUACAUGGGCUUUUGCAAAGUAGUGGUUCGUUUGCCUCUAGUGGUAGGAAGUCGCUGGCGUACUUCAUGCAUCAAUCAGGAUUCGACAUUUGGUUAGGUAAUAACAGGUGUGGGUUAAAACCAAAAUGGAAUAAAUCGAAGUUUAAAAAUGAUAAAAGGAGAAAAUGGGAUUGGGAUAUUCAUGAAAUGGUUAAGUUCGACAUGAAGGCGUUAGUCAAUACCGUUUUAGAAAAGACGCAGUAUGAAAAAUUAACAUUGAUUGCACAUUCUCAAGGUACUACCCAGGGAUUCUACGGGUUAACUAAUGGUGAAGUUCUUUACGGUGAUGAUGAAUUUAGAUUGGCGGACAAAUUAGAGAAUUUCGUCGCAUUAUCACCUGCAUGUUAUCCGGGCCCAUUAAUAUUUGAGAAAAGUUUCAUCAAAUUUAUGUCGCUAGGUAUUGAUCAUAAAUGGUGUUUUGGUAAUAAAUCAUUUUUACCCAUGAUGUUAUUUGCCAAGAAGAUCACUAAAGGUGUCGUGAUAAUUCCCUUCAUGUCAUACAUCAUGUUUAAUUACCUCUUCGAUUGGAAUGACUCACUCUGGGAUAGACCAUUAAGAGAUCGUCAUUUUCUCUUUUCACCUGUUUACAUUUCCAAUAAAUUGAUGCAGUGGUGGUUAUCACCUUCCAAACAUAAGGUAAGCUUUAAAAAUGGUGCUGAUAUCAUGUUCCCACCAGACAAGACUUGGUUACCUGUAGAAAAUGGAGCUCCUGUAGAGAAACCGGUAAAACCUCAUUUAAAUUCAACUAGGCAAAAUGUGUCCGAUUUCCCACACAUUAUGAUGUUCAUUCCAAGACAAGAUAGGUUAAUCAACGGUGAAAAAUUGAUUAACCAUUUCAUUCAACAUGAAUCUCAUUCACUUUUCAAGAUUUGGUACAUCGACGAAUACUCUCAUUUAGACGUCCUUUGGGCUCAUGAUACAAUUGAACGUAUCGGAAGACCGCUGGUGGCCAAUUUGAGACUCCCCAAGGUUUCAAACAAAGAGGCAACGAUAGAACAAUAG